AUGAAUUUGAUUUAAAUUAAAGAUAUAGUUCACUACACAGAAAGUAUUCCUUUUAUCCAAAUUUACGGGAACCAAUUAGUAACGAGAAAAAAAAACAGAUACGUCCUUUAAACUCAAUCGUUGUCUAGUCGCUAGAAAAGGAUACUCCCCACAAUCCCCUGACUAUGAAGCUUUUCGGUAAACGACUUAAUUUAGAAUGGUGAAGUACAAAUGUGAAAGCUUCAGGAAAAGAUCAAGGCAUGGGGGAGAAGGAGAUAGAAUCAACAUAUAUCCGUCGCCAAAUUUAUCUAAGAGCUGUGGACAUUUGCCGACUUUUCGAAAAUCGUGGGCAUUUUUAGUGUCUCAGGCCAAUCCUUUAUCAGUUUUUAAAAAGAUGGACAAGGAAAAGGAUCGCUACCACAAAAUGGCAACAAAUAAGGCGUCCUCGCAUAACGUUUCAUCAUGGCUAUGGACCCCAUUAGGUCAUUCGACUUGGAAAUAUAUAACGGGAAUGUGUAUUAAUUUGACGGAAAUUUAUCAGUGUCAAGUCUUCGAAUAUGAAUUUCCUAUAUUACAGAGCGUAGCUUUAAAAAGACUGCAUGAGUGGGAUUUGUGUCGUGAUCUAUCAUUCCAAUAUAACGUUAAAACACCAACAGUAUUAAAAUUGCAUAAAAUUGGGCAAAAUCACUUUCCUAAAAUAUUCCAUGCUAGUAAUUUCAGCCUCCCGGAUCUACUAGGUUUCAAGAAAAAGAAUAGAAAUUUGGUAUUCGGUAUACCGAUUUAUAAGGCUAUACAACAUGAUCAACGAUUUUUCUAUGAUUCAAGAUCAAAAGCUCGGAAUAAAUCUCAAUCCCCUAUACGACAAUUAUCCUUGGAACUUAGAAGAGAUCCAACCGAAAAGAAGCAAUUUGGUGUUACUCGUGGAUUUAUAGAAUACAAUGAUAAUAUCAAUAUACACAAUGAUCUAUCCAAUCACGAGCUUCCUCUUUUAAUUCCAGUUUUUGUGGAAAACUGUCUGAAAUAUUUGGAAAGCAGAUGCUUAUAUGUGCAAGGUAUUUUUCGUGUUAGCUGUUCCAAAAAACGCAUGAAACAACUAAAAGAAGACAUAAAUUGUGGUAAAAAGGUUUAUUUAAACGACAACCCAAGUCCUCACGAUAUUGCCGGGCUCUUGAAGGAGUAUUUUAGAGAAUUACCUGAACCAUUGAUGACAGAUGAAUUGCAUCAAUCCUUUUUAGCAACGAGAAGUAUUGAAAAUGAUAGAGCUCAAAUUAAAAUUUUGAAUUAUCUUUUGUGUUUGUUACCUCCUACUAAUAGAAAUACCUUAGAAGCACUUAUGUUAUUCCUUCAUAAAAUUACAUUGCAUUCCGAUGACGUUGUCAGAGAUGAUGGGCACAUAAUUUAUGGCAACAAAAUGGAUGCCAGAAAUUUGGCAUUGAUUUUUGGACCAAAUAUUUUACAUUCAUAUAGAUUACAAAAAGUGGAUGUAGGUGAAUAUAAUGAUGAAUUGAUGGAAGACAGAAAGCUUGCUAUUAAAGUUGUCCAAUUCAUGAUUGAAAAUGUAGAACUAUUAUUUAAGAUUGAGAUUGACUUGUUGAACGAGAUGUACCUAAAUCUGUACAAUUGUAAUCCACGGCUUUUAGAUUAUAGCUUCGAUCAGAGAUAUAAAUCAUUAAUUAAAGCUGAAGAAGACAGAUUGUUGGAUGGGGAAGACGAGGAAGAGAAAGAUCUAUACGAUCUAAAUAGGAACACACUCCCAUCAAAAUAUAGCGAUUAUAUCGAUCGAAAACGUCCAGACUUUUUAUCUUAUCAAUACACUACUCCUCGCAGGCAAAAAUGUAGAUCAAGAAGCUCUUCCAUGAGAAAACAAAUAAAAGAGUAUUUUAAACCUGAUAAACUGCGUCAUUCGUCCAACUCCAGCUACGACAAUGACAAAAAUCAAAACGAUAAAUUUGCAUCCCAUGAUAAUACAAACUCGAUUGCAUCGCAUCUUAGAUAUAAUGAUCCAAGGUUAGUUGUUUCUCCCCGAGAAUCUCCAUCAUCUUUCACAGAAUUUUCAUUUAACACUGACACUAGCACCACGACUACCUACCACACUGAGGAUGAAAUAAAUUGCAUCAAAAAUCCUCUAAGACAACAAAACCGUCUUCACUCACCUCCUAUUAUGCCAAAAACUUUAUAUGACAAAUUUAUAUCUUGCAACGAGAAGCUCCGUGAUAUCCACAAGGAAGAUGGUGAAAGUGCCUAUUCAUCAUAUGAUAAUAUAUUGUCUGAAAAAAAUGAAAAAUUACUUGAAAGUCGAAUAUCUCCAUCGGAAAAUGAAAAUUUACUUCGUUACCAAAACAGGGAUUUGAUAAUGCCCGAGCUUAAACAUUAUAAAAAAAAUUCACAAAAUUCUGUCGAUAUUGUUAAAAAAAAUCAAAGAAAUAUGAGGAGCGAUAAAUUUGCUAAUUACCACUCCGGAAGUAAAUUUCAAUCGUUGAGAAUCAUUAAAGAAGUAGAAAAUGAAAAUGGUCUAAAAUGUAAUAAAUAUACUUUCGAAAACGAUAACCUGAUUAGCAACAAUAAAUAUAGCCCAGCAAAAUGCGAUUCUUGUGGCGGAAUGAUUAUCCCCAACAUCUCUAGUAAUAACAAAACAAUAUUUAAAAAUCAAUAUUCGAAUUUAGCAUUUACAAAAACGCAUUUAUACGAUUCCACAACACAUUAUUACCUUCCACACCUUAAUAUUCCCCAAAGGAGUAAAACCUUGUUUAACAAUUACACUAUUAAUCAAGGCUUAUCCCGUACAUGUACAAUUUCUACGAGCGGGUUAACCAAUCAAAAUGCACUAACACGUAGAAACUCUUCAAAUCACUCAUCGUCAUCAUCAUUUCAUCUUCAGAACAAAAACCCUGCGAUAACAUUUAACGACAAAUCCAAGAAUAAAAAAAUAGUAGGAUACGAUAACCAAAAUUAUAUAAAUAAGCAGAAAAAUAUUUCUGAUUCUAAAUUGUAUAAACCGCCUUCACCUUCUCAUAAUUUAUUGACUUUUACGACCAAAAAAAUGGCUCGAAGAUAUUCGUCGCCUAAUGCAAGCCUAAAUAAUACCACAUCCAAAGAUUAUAGAUAUUUAAAACCACCAAUAUAUUUGUCACCCUCAAGAUCGCCCUCAUCUAACAUGUCUUCGUCUACUUGUUUAUCGCAGGGCUACGAAUCGGGAGGCUUAAGCUCCUCCGGCAGGGAAAUAUUUAACAAAGGUAAGCGUAUACAAAAUAAGAUUAAUACAGAUCUUACUCAAUCUUUGAAUACCAAAUCCAAUUUAGCUCAAGGGCAAAUUGAUGAUAAAACUUUGCAUAAAGCUAAUAAACACAGAUUGAAUUUCUCAUCCACGCAAUACAAUUAUAUAACUACGGACCUUCGUUUAAAAUACAAAAGUUUUCAACCAAUCAGUCACACGGAAUCGAUACCUAAAAUAUUUAUUUCAUUACCUAUCACUGAUCCCCAAGACGCUCAUAAGAUGAAGGAAUCAUCCUUAAGUUUAUCAUCUAAAACUAACCAUCCGAGUGAAAAUAGUUGCAACUAUAUAAGUGGAAAAUUGUUCGAUUGUCUUAGCAGACCCUUAAAUCCCUUAACUUUCAAGCCGCUAACCAAAAAUUGGCAAAAAUCUAAAAAUGUGACUAAAUUAACCUCUUUCUACGAUGAUCAUGACCGAAUUCAGCCUCAAAAUAGUACUAACACUUAUCAAGUUGCAAAUCACGAGUUGGUUAAUUCUUUACAUUUUAUUGAUCCCCUUUUUAAUUUCAAAGUCUUAGAUCAUACAAACAAAAUUAACCCGAUAGCAAAAAACCCUCACUAUUGUGAAUGUCAUUCUGAAUUGAAUGGUAAUAACGCAAAAAUUCAAAAACGCAAAAGUAUUAAAAGAAGGAACACCCUGGUUAACCAAAAUAAAUCAAUUAAUUUUGGAGAAAAAAUUGACCCCUCAUUACGUAAUGAGGAACUUGUUCAAACCAAUCCUCGUGCUUCUUUGACAUCUUCUAACAUAGAACCCCGAUUACGGGAUGUUACCUUAUUAAUCAUAGAUACAGAUACUCCUAAAGGAGAGGAUUCUGUUGAAACUGUUAAAAAUAGCGUAAUAAUUUCUUUAGGAAAGAAAGAAACGAUUGUUUAGAAAAUGGAUUUCUUACAUUCAUAAUUUUUAUUAUAAAACUAUCCAUAAUUAUUGUCCCAAAUAUAUAAACAAGCACUUAUAUAUGAUAAGAAUUUUAUAUGAAUUAGUUGAUUCUAUUUAUUAUAUUUUAUAAUUGGUUAUCUUCUU